AUGGCGCUCGACCCGGCCGCGCCGCUGGUGCAGCUCGUGCUGCUGCGCCCCGUCGCUGCCGCCGCUGCCGACGACGCCGGCGCCGCCGUGCCCGAGCUGGCGCCGCUGUGCGCGCGCCUGCGCUCGCUGCACCCCGGCGCGCGCCUGCGCAUCGCCCACGUCGCAUACACCGACGGCCUCCUGGCCCUCGGCUCCACGGGCGCAUGGCGCGACGAGGCGGCCGCGGCGCUCAAGUAUGACGAGCCGCUGGAGGACAUGUGCAUGCACCUCGACGGCGCACAGGGCAGUGCCGUGGCCAAGGCGCACGUGCUCACCGGCCUCGGCGCUGCGAUCGAGAAACUCGCCCCCGCGCCCGAGGCCUACUCGCCGCUGCUGCCGGCGCCGCCGAGCGUCGUGGCGCGCCUGAUCCUGCAUCUCGCCGCGCCGCUCGCGCUCUCCUUUGAGCCCGUGCCGCGCGCCGGCUUCUCGUCGUCGCACCCGUGGGACAUCGCCUCCGUCGCCGCGGCGCUCAAGGAGCACGGCAUCCACUUCUCCACGCUGCUCCGCCCCGCCGCGGGCGACGGCAGCUUCGACGAUGCGCGCAAGCUGCACACGUCCGUCUCGACCGCCGAGGACAUGCCUGCGGCAGAUGUCUCGGCGCUGCUCUCUUCAUCAGCUAGCGGGACUGCGCUGCUGCGCGGUUUUGCGCCCUCUCGAAGCGGGGUGCCGCCAGCUGCCGCACCCGCGCCAGCUGCGCCCGCGCCGCAGCCCGGUGCAGCACCCAACAAGAUCACACUGCCGCCGUCCAUCGUGCAGGAUCCGCAGGCACGCAUUGCGCUGCAGAAGCUCAUGUUCGUGCAGACGCACUUCCAGGGCAUCGCCAAGAAUGCCAAUGCGGCGCUCGAGGCGAUGAGCGCCGCGGGCAAUCCAGAUCCGGCGCGGCGCAAGGGGCUGGAGAAGAUCAAGUCGGACGUGCGCACCGCUCUUGAGCAGGUGCAUGCGCAGGCCAAGAUUGUCACCACCGGCGCGCCCAUUCCCGACAGCAACAUGUUCUUCGGCCUGCUCUCCGUGCUGCACCGCGACGCCGAGCUCUGCAGCAUCGCGUCGGGCGUGUCGGAGGCGGUGCUCAAGAUUGCGCGCCAGGCGGCAGAGUCGGCGAAGCUGCAGAUGCAGCAAGCUGCCGCCAACGCUGGAGCGAAGCCGGCUGCUGGCUCGGCGCCAGGAGCUGUGCCUGGUGCGCCGCAAGCUGCGACUGCUCCACAGCAGGCUCCAGGCGCGAGCGGUCCCCCCUCUGUGUGGUCGGGCAGCAUCUGCUGGACCAUCACCGACGCGACUGGGACGAAGCGCGAAGUCUCGACGAUGGUCUCGGCCAAUGUCAGCGCCAAAACGCCCAAGGAUUCGCUCGUGCUGCCCUGGCCUGCGCGCCUGACCAUUGCGCAAGUGUCCAGUCUCGAUCUUGCGUCUCUGCACAGCUACGUGGCGGCGCAUCAAGUGCCCGCCAUUCUCUUCGCGACGAAGCAGGCCGUGCCCGGCGAGCCGCCGCUGCCGCUGGCGAACGAGCGCAUCUACACGACGCUGGCCAACAUGCUGCGCGAGCGCAAGUCGUGCGCGUUCAUUCCACAUGGCGCGCCCGGCGCCGGCAUCGUGCUCGUCGCCACGCCCGUCAGCGCACCGGGCACGCCAUCGCCGCCUCGGCUGCUGGGCCUGGUCUUCAAGGACCAAGUGCCAUUGGCGCAGAUGGCGCAGGUCGCCCAGCAGCGGGCGCAAGCCGCACAGCAGGCGCAGGCGGCAGCCGGCGGCCCGCCGAUUACCACAUCUGUCGCUCCGCCAGCGCCGCCGUCCGCUGCGCCGCUUUCCGUCUCCAUACCGCCAGCCACGCAGCCCACCUCCGCACUGGGCAGCGCGCCGGGCAGUGCCGCUCCGCCACAAGCGCUGUUUCAGGCGCAGGCCACACCUCCAGCGCCGACGCAGCCCGUCUCGCUCCAGGCCGCGCAGCAGCUUGCCAUGCAGCGGCAGCUGGCCGCGAACCUCAUGCGCCAGCGGGCCGCCGGCGCCGGCCCAGCAGGUGCAGCUCCUGCCCUGGCCAGCCCGACGGCGGCCAACAAUCCGCUGCAGCAGGCGCAGGCGCUGGCGCAGACGCAGUUCAUGCACCAGCAGGCGCAGCAGGCCGCCCAGGCAGUGGCACGCCAGAUGCAGGCGCAGCAGAUGCGUCCUGGACAGCCACAGGUCCCUCUCGGACAGCCGCCGCCGCAGCAAGCGCCGCAGCCGCCGCAGCAACAGCAGCAGCAGCUCUGGGGCAAUCUCGGUGGCUUCGACAUGUCGCAGGCCAGCGCGCCGCAGCCGCCCAUGCUCAACACUGCGUUCCUCAACGCGUUCAACUUCGACCCCAACGCCGGGCAGCCGCAGAUGCAGAUGCAGGGCGGCAUGGGCCAGCCGAACAUGGGCCAGCCGCAGUCCGGCGGACAGGGCUGGAACAUCCCGGGCUCGGCCGGCAUGUCGAACAUGGGCGGCGCGCCAGGUGCAUGCGCCAUCAGCGCGGCCGAUGCUGCUGCUCUAGCUGCUUCCCUGGGCCUCAGCGUUGAUGGCCUCAAACAGCCGCCGCAGCCGCAGGGCCAAUUUCAGGGCGGCAUGGGCGGCAUGCCGCAGAUGAUGCAGCCGGGGCAGCCCGGCGGCAUACCCAUGGCGCAGCCGCAGGGCUGGGGUGCGCCCAACGCAUUCGGCAGCAACCAGAACCUCGGCGAUCCGGGCAGUGACUUUGCUCUGCUGCAGCAGAUGCUUAACAACGGCGGACAGCCGCGAUAG